AUGUCAGAGUUAAAUACUGGACAAUCAAUUACUAUUGGUGAUUUAUUCUAUCGUGAAAGGUGGCCUGCUUCGCCGUUAAGAAAAUCCAUUCUUUUUUUGUAUGCACCGUUUGGUGUUGCGCUUUUCAUUUUUCGUAUUUGCAUUGGUAUUCACAUAUUUCUUACUGCCUGUGUCCUACGCAAAACCAUGCUUCUAAGAUGUGCGGUUUUAAGAGUCAUGUCUUGUAUACUAGGAGUGGUUGUGUUCAGUGGAGGUCCGGCCAAAGGGUGGGAUCGAGAAACAAAACUAAUCAUUGCUAAUCAUGUCACUACAUUAGACCAUAUGGCUGUUGAUCUGAUCGAGCCUUGCAUCCUCCCAUCUGUUUGGGACAUACCAGAUGUACUCAGAUGGUUACUUGGCUAUGCAGACCUUGGUGCAAGAGAGGGACGUAAUGUUUUAGUAAGUAAAGCACGUGAGUUUUGUAAAUAUAAUUCGCUGCCAUUGCUUGCGUUCCCAGAAGGCGCUAUGACGAAUGGGCAAAAGGGUCUGCUGAAAUUUAGUUCUUGGCCGUUUGAGGUUUCCGAUGUCGUCCAACCUGUUCUUAUUAAAGUUUCUCGACCUUUUUUUUAUGACGUGCCUCCAUCUGUUUUAGGAGGUUCGUGGUGGCAGGAUGUUUUUUAUUUCCUCUUUGUUCCCUUUACGAUUAUCAAGGUUUACUGGUUUCCGUCAAUGCAUCGUCAAACUGAAUCUGAUAAUGGAGGUCCUGAGACGGCUGACGAUUUUUCGAAAAGAGUUGCCCAUACAAUGGCUGCAAAUCUUGGGGUGGCAGCCACAACUUUAACUUUCAAUGAUGCUGUAGAUGAGGCAAAGAGGCAUUUGCAGAGCCGCAGGAGCAGACUAGCAGAACGCGCUAGUAUGGCGUUAAAUAAUUCUGUUUCUAUUCGUAAUAUUGCUAGACGUAAUGCAAUAUCAACUUCUGUUCAGUUAGACAAUUUAGCGAUGAAGAUUAAACAAGCGUUUCCUUCAGUGUCAUUGAUUACUAUCAGAAACGAUCUCGACGGGACUCUUGACGGUAACGUGACGUGCGGACGGAUAGCGUCAGGAGUUCUCAAGGAUUCUUUAGACAUCAAUUUCUGUGUGGAAGAAAGUAAUCUUCUUCACGACAUGUCUCAGUGGCGAAAUCUUUUUGUCCGUCGAAAGUGGAACCUAAUCGAGUUGAAUAGAGCUAAAUAUUUACAAAGGAUGAAGGCUUUGGAAGCUGUUGAACUUUCUGAAAACUAA